AUGCCUGUUAAGACCGCUAUCGGUAAAAAAAGACAUGCUAGCAAUAAUAAAUUACAGAGAAAGCCUCCAAAAGCAUUGAAAACCUCAAAUGAACAGGUAGAAGCUCAUAAAACCAUGAAUCUAUUGCCGUAUUCUCAACCAUCACUUGUUUCUGUUUUAAUCAGAUCGAUCAGACUUCCGAUCAGGGUAAAUUGCAAAAAUUGUUUGCAAAGAUUAGCCAUGUCAGAAAAAGUUAACGCAGCCUUAGCACAAUUAGAACAAGAGAGUGAAGGACUGUUUGAUAAUCUCGACGAGAAAAUGGAUGACGGAGAGUUAGAAGAGAUCAUCAAGCAGAUCAACAGUGAGAAUGAGUCUGAUACCGCAGAAAGUUCAAACGAAAAUGGUGAAGAAUCUGAAAGUGACUCGGACGAGGCAAAUACAAACGCUGAAGUAGAAGACGUACAGGAAGAAGAGAAUAAUGACGAAAUGGAUGAAGAUAAGGAUACAAAUCAACAGAGUACAACGAAUAGUUUUAGAAACUUAUACAUGACGAACGUGACGCAGGCUUUUGGGUCAGAUUUGGACCAGAUCAGACAGGAACCAAAUUUUGACAAUGUUCGCUUGAACAUUUUGAUCGAUUCUUUAGAAGCUGGUAUUGAUAUAUAUUCCAAGGUUGAACAAGAGAUUAUCCUUGCCGAUGACGAAAACAAACAUUAA